AUGCUGACGCGCUUGAAGGGCGCCGCGGGGCGCUGCCGCCUGCGCGUCACCCUGCCUGUGGCGCUCCUGCUCGCCGCCGUGGCCCUGCUGGGGCUCAGCCACCACAGCCUGCAAGGCGGCGGCACGCUGUUCCUCGCGGUCAGCCAGCAGCGCGGCGUGGUGCGGCGGCUCAGCCAGGACACGCAGUGGCACCGCAACGGCAGCGACGCGCUCGCCACCUGGCGCUCCUCCCUGCUGAAGCGCAUGCUGAAGCUGUACAAGGCCACCGAGGCUGCAGCAUACUACGGCAGGAGCAGCAAUACAGUGAGGCGAGCCCGGGGGCAGGACGCCUGCCUAGAAGGCAGGGAGCGGCAGCGGCAGAGGAUGGAGCCGGCGGGCUUCCACCGCUUUGCCCUCUUCAACCCGAUCGUGCGCUGCCCCGACGGGCAGCUGCCUCGGCGGUUGGGGGACGAUGGCGACGGCGGCAAGUGGCUGUGCCAGGUGGCGGGGUCUGGGGGCGGGAGGCCGGGGCACACGUGUGUGGUGUACAGCGUGGGCAGCAACCGACAGGUGGACUUUGAGAUUGCCAUGCUCAAGGAGGGGUGCGAGGUGCACACAUUCGAUUGCAACUCGCACGGUCAGAGCAUCUACCAGGGCCGCCACUUCUUCCAUCACCUGUGCCUGGGCAACACCAACGGGGUGCGGGAUGAGCAGAAGCGGUUUGUGCGGCUGGAUGCCGCCAUGGCCAUGAACGGUCACCCGCGGGUGGAUGUGCUCAAGAUGGACAUCGAGGGCUUCGAAUUCGAGGUGCUGUCAGGCUUCCAGUGGCUCAAGAGCUGCGGCUUCCCCACGCAGAUCUCGCUGGAAGUGCACUGGAACCACUUGUACCAAAUGACCCCCUUCCACCGGAAUCCAGACAGCUGGGGCCACCUGAUCUGGCCCCUGCACCGGCUCAGCCUGGCUGAGCUGGCCGUGGUCUUCUUCCACCUGGCGGACCUGGGCUUUGCCCUGGUCAGCCGGGAGGACAACCCCUUGUCGGUGCAGGGCUGCUGCAGCGAGUUCACCCUCAUACGUGUGGAGCAGCCCGCACACUGCCACCAGUGA